AUGCUGCUAUACCCACGUCUGUCUCACUGCACGGACUCGACCCCCCACAGCGCAGGCACACUUUUCACCAAGGCACUACUCCCCCUCCCCUCCUCAUACCCUCUCCCUCCCCUCUCCCUCCCCCCCUUCCUCCCCCAGUUCCGCACUCCUACACCGACGUUUGCCCCACGAAUCUGCCUCUACUGUGGUGCCGCACUGCUCCCACCCACGCGCUGUCCCUUUCUCUCCCCUUUCCACCCCCCCCCCGCCCUUCUCCUGGACCGAUUUCUGAACCAUCGACUUCCACCCCCACGACACUCUCUCUCAGUCCCUCUCACCACCCACUGUGCUGUUCACCCUUUCCCCCUCUUCCCUGCAGCCCCUCCCACCUCCACACCUGCUUCUCCUACACAGGCUUGUGCUUUCACAGACUCUCACCCCUACGGCACGGGAGCACUGUCCAACCAGGCAGACGCUGCUGAUGUGGCAGAGGUGUUGAUCACGGGUGAGGCGAGGCUGGCGGGGCUGCUUGGUGCAGUGUGGCCGGCUGUGUUCUUCCUCCAAGUCCAGUAG